AUGCCUUUGACCAGUCUACUCUCGCCAAAGAGAUUUAGAAGCAGUAGCCGGGCGAGUUCUGCUACCACCGAAAACAGCAAUUUUACAACCGACAAAAUAACUUUGCAACCAAAUUACACCGAGCCUACUUCGCUUCAGCACACGCCAGAAUAUAAUGCACUCCACCACGCCACACAACGGCAGGCAGAUGCUGACCCGCUGUCGUCGUCGCUAGGCUUGGGAGCAACACCGCUUGGUUCUCCCGCACAAAGAGUCAAGUCACCUUUGUCGAGACCACCAACGACUUUUGAAGAUACUUUUGGUCAAGCACAAGCCCAAGCCCCGCCACUUGCCAAGAGCAAUAGUGACGAUCUGGGUAGAAUGAGCACGGGGGACGAUGUUUCCAAGAUUUCUCCCGUGUUUGACCAAUACUCGUUGCAACCGACAAAUUCGAAAAUGAGUGGUGCACAUAUUACUGGCUCGAUUCCUAGGAGAGCCUUAUCGGAGAAGGCGAGAAAAGCCCCUUCUUCGUUUGUGCGUAGAAGUCGUCUUCUUUCCGCUGAUGAAGACGAUGCCGUGUCGUUGAACUCGUUGACGGGAAGAUCUUUGCUAUUGCAAAGCAAGUUGGAGUCGGAACACUUGCUUCCCGAGCUUCGCCCCAUAGUCAGCUUGCUAAAUGCCCAGAAACUCCGAACUUAUUGCCACGGCUCUUUCCAGAUUCCUGGAUACAUGGGUGAAGAACGCGUUUGGUUUGAAGUGGAUGCAAAAUUGACGGGCGACGAAUUGGCUAUUUGGAGACCAUCAACCGACGCAUACGUGAUUGACGAUAACGACGAGUUUAAACCAAAGUACAUAAACUUGAUUGACGCAAGAUUGGAGAGUCUCGGAAAUUUGCAAAUCAAGAUUUUCCAAGACUACCUGGACCGCGCCGUUUUGAUCAAGUUCCACAAUACGGCAGAUAUGAACAAGUGGUUGGCUGCUAUCACUUUGACCAAAUUUGAGUACGCCAAGCUCAACGAGGCGUUUACUGCCGUGGUCUUGUCUGCUAAAGGUUCCAAGUUGCUGGACAUUCACGUGUUGUUGUCUCGUAAAAAAAGAUUCCCGCAAUACGAAUGGUGCAACGUUCGACUUCCCGAAGUGUCGUCGAAAUGGAUUAAAGUCUACAUGAUUAUCUUGCCCAGUGACAAGCACCAUUUGGGCCGUAUCGAAUUUUACCCAAAUGAGAAAAAGACUGGCAAAAAGAAUCUUAUCGCAUACAUUUCCGACUUGGCCUACAUUUUCAAUGUUUACCCGGAGCAAUCCAAUAUGAUUGACUCCAACUCAAUCAUGAGCGCCGCGGGCAAAGUUUACGUCAAUAGAAGCUUUGACCAUUUGUUUCCCUAUGAAGAUCCUCGCAAGCUCAUUGCCAAGAACCACUCUUCAGCAAUGUCACGCUCGGGAUCUGUAUCAGGAUCGAUUUCACGUUCUGGCUCCAACAAUUCGCUUUCCUCGUUGAACUCGGGUACUCGCUCGAGGUCUGGAUCAGUCAACUCUACUAAUUCAUUCUUUAACCAUACUCCAUCUCCUUGCAACACUCAAACAAGAGACCGCUCAGAUUCGCUCAACAAAACCGACUCUGGCUUUUUCAAAAAGCACGCCGACGCAUUUGUUGCCACAAACACCAUGUACAUUAUGCCCAUUCCACACCCUGGUGUCAGUGCAGUUGAGACCAUGAUUCGUAACUUUAUCCCCAUUAUUGAUGCAUUCAAGUUGUAUGGACGCCCACAGCAUUUGAUUAGCGACAAGGCCAACCCAGACUCGAUGCUUUUCGGUUUGCCUUCCUUGCCCCACCACCAAUACCUUUCAAUUGGAGAGGCCACCGAGGCUUUUAACCAGCAUUAUCAACCAAGCAUGGGUCCUUUCCAAAUGGAGGAUGUAUUGAAGGAUAAGAUUGUGUCGUUGAUGAGAUCAAAGCCAUAUCGUGGCCACGGCAACAUUGCCAGACUCUAUGAAAAAUUGGAUCUUGACUUUGAAGAGUUUAGUUCUCCGCCAUAUAGUCCCCAAAUCAGUCAACAGAUUAGUGGUCUUUCCCCCUUGGGAGAUCCAAUCAACUUGGAUCAACAACCACGAGUCGCCAGUCCAUUGAGUGUUUGA